GAGCCGCGCACAAGUGCUUCGUAUUCCUCUCGUGGCUCAAGUCCUGACUCGUUCGUAGGUGCUCGUUUUCUUCGAGACAUGUUUUGUGUGAUUAUUGACUCCAUGAAUCACGAUGUAGUAAACUAAACAAACUACGAUCCUCGGGAAAGAAACGCGGACAGUAAUCUCGUGCCUUCAAAGUAUCCACGUGUUUGAUAGAGACUUGGAUUCAAGAGAUCGGACGCCAGAGCGACCUGGUCAGCCUCUCGUGCCGGAAGCCUUCACGAGUCGGCGUCGAUCGUCAGCGUGGGCAGCUCUGCGUCAAAACCUUAGCAGUUGCUAACUUCAAGGGUGGCCAGCGAGGAGGGCGCGAUGGGCGUGGCCGCGUGGAUGGCGUUGGCAGCUGUGGUCGCAGGGGCGGCUCUCACGCCCGCGUCGGCCGCCUUCCUGCUGGACGUGGAGGCGGCGAGAGAUGCGGCCGCCGCGGGCACCCAGGGCCCGAGGACACCGCCGCAAUACGCCCAAGGAUCGAGAGGAGGGCACGAAGGGCUCCAGAAAGGAGUAGAAGUCCUGAACACACCGCCCCAAAGCUCAACGUUCGAGGGCGUUGAGGCCACGCCCCUGGCUCUUCUGGAGGACUCGACGCUGAACACCAUGAAGAGUGACGCCGUUGAGAUCGAGGGUGAGGUCGAGGCUUUCCUGACAGAGGACCCGAGGCUCCUGAGGCCUUCCCUACCGACGAAGGAGCAGCUAGUGCACGAGGCAGGGGCAGUGAACAGGAAGGGGUGGCUCGCCGAGGGCCUCGCGGACACGCGCCAUGUUCCAGGAGUCCUUCAAGAGGAGGAAUCCACGCAGAGGAUCAACGCCCUCUCGACGGAAGACCUCCCAGACACCGACUAUUACUGGGACUUGUACGGGGACGCCGAAGACCUGGACAGACCGGAGGCCCCCGAGCCAGGGCACCAGAGGGUCUCCGAGGGACGUUUGCCUUCCUCGAGUGACAACUACCGCGCCAGUCCCCCCGAGACCCCGGUUCAGUCCUACCAGUUCGCGGCCGGCCAAGGGGCGGCCCACUUCUUCUCUGAGCCGACCAUUCAGCAGCGCUACGCCGAGCAGAGGCAGCUCCUGACGCACUACCUGAAGGAAUACCUGAACGAGCUCACGCGGAGCCCGGACUCGCACCUAGUCGUGCAGCAGCUGAUCCAGCAGCAGCCGCAGGCUCAGGAGCUAAUGCAGCAGUGGCUUCAGGAGCAGCAGCUGCUGUAUUCGCAAGGCCCUCAGGCCGUUACAGGAAUCUCGCGGCAACCGAAUCUGCCAGGGAGUUUGUUCCCGCACCUGGCCGGCCAGCAGAGCCACCUGCAGAAGCUGGUCGAGCAGUACCAGAGACUCCAGAAGCAGACUCCCUCCGGGACGCAGCCUCCUUCCCACCCGGCGAGCCAGCUGCCGCUUAGCCGGCCUCCUGCCAUCGCCGACAGCCAGGUGAACCUCAGCACCGACGUGGACACCUUCAACAUCGUCAUCACCAAGAAUCUGACGGGUGGGCAGUCGCAGCCUACAGUCCAAUACCUCCCCGACGCGCAGGUGGACGCACUCCUCCUGAACACCAGCAUCGCCUCCGUCAACAACAUCUCCGCCCUCAGGGACGUGGUCAACAACGCCAUCUCGGCCGCCGUGGCCAACAACCCCGUGGCCAUCCAGGAGGCCAUCGCUCAGGUGGUCGAGAGCCCCGGCCGCGAGCCGACCGUCAACGUGAUCAACUCGACCAUGUCGGACCUGGGCGAGGUCGAGUCGGCGCUCAACACCCUGCUGGGCUCCACCGUCGUCUACGAGGAGAACCCGGCCGCCAACACCGCCGUCGGCUACAUUCCCCGUCCGGACAGCUCCGUGGUGAGCAAGCUCCUCAACAACACCAUCGGCGUGGAAAACGUCAACGUCAAUUCGACAUCGAAGACUAACGUGGUCAACAUCUUCAUCAUCAACAUCAUCGGCGGCGCUGAGGACGAGAGCAGCAAGCCCCUGCCACCGGCCCCAGCGCCCCCGCCGGUAAGCAGCUUCAAUGUAGCCUCUGGAAUUCCUGCGCCCUCUUUAGCUGGGCUGCAGGAGGUCCCCGCCGGGUUCGUCCCUUCGAAUCUCGCAGGACCCAGUCACGCCGCGUCCUUUGCUGGCCGCCCCCGCCCGCCUGGGGCGCUGCCGCAGGGGCCGUUCCCUCCUCAGCCACAGACGGUUCUCCCCCCGUCUCCCCCCAUGGUUGUCCUUCCCCCUGCCAUCCCGCUCCCCGGCUCCCCGAUUCCAGCCCUUGGCACCGCAGGGCAGGGGGAGCUCCAGGCAGGGUCGAGCGGCGGCGCCCGGCCAGGGGCGUCGCGGCCCGAGAACCCCGACGGGAUCAACCUGAAUAACAACGAGGUUCUGCAGCUUUUGCCGGACUUCGUGAGGGCCACGACCAUCCCCCCGGUGGUGCCGCUCUACAACACCUCCGCCCACGGUCUCCUCGAGCAGAAUCCCUCGGUCCUCGGACUCCUGCCCAACCAAGUCUUCGAAAUCACCAAACCCAAGUUUCAUCUCGACAACAGCACGACGGGAGGAAUCAUCAGGAAAGUCCCCGUCGGGAACCUCACCGAAUUCUUCCCGCCAAAACGAGCUCCCACACACGCCCAAAGGAUUCCCCAGCCGACCUUCCAAGGCAACAGGUAUCAGUACCAAACCUACGGAAGCUCAGCCGCUCCAAAUCGGCCACACCCCUUCGAGAGCAGCCUUCCUCAGAACUACCCUCGGCCCUCCGACCAAAGCUCUCCGUUUUACUACUCAGCGGGGGUCGCGGGAGGCGACGUGCCCACGAGCCGGCUGCCUGCGCGCCAUCAGAACCCAGCGCAAGCGUACAAUGUCGUCAGCCAAGCGCAGGCGGAAAUUAGCAACUUUGCCAAUCUUCUUCAGCUGACGAGCAAUGACACCAGCGCCGGGAACGAAGGAUCUGCCUUGCCAAAUUACGCCAACUUGCGGACUGAAACGAACGGCCAAUCGCAAAGAUUUGGAUUUACAGAAUAUACUGACGUCACGGAUGAUACAGAAGAGGACGUAUCGAAGACCGAGCAGAGGAUAACGUCCCCAGCAGCGGUCGUGGCGGACCCGGGCAGCGCAGCGGAGCCGAAGUCCAAACUGCAGAUGGACAACCUCAUGAAGGCGGUGGCAAUCGGAGCUUUGCCUAGUUCGAUUGCCUUUGCCACCGCCCUUUGGCCCUACUGGGCUCCCCUCCUGCUGGGGCGCCGCAAGAAGCGCGACGCGAGCGCCCUCGGUGACCCCGCCGACCGAGCCCGCAUUUCCAACGACUGGCUUAGCAUCCUGACGGGAGCAAAGUACAAGGAGGCCGGUGCGGACUUCCCCACGGCCUGGGACCGCCUGGCGCUCAGGAAGAACAACCAGAAGACCUCCACAGCGCCAGCGCAGCUCGCAGCAGGAGGGCCGUCGAGGCCGACUCCCGCGGGAGGAGGGUCGUCUCCCUCGACUCCCGGCGACGACUCGCCUUCGAACACACCUCCACCGCCCGCUCGAACGGCCAUCGGACGGCCGGAGGAAACGCCGGAUCCCGAAGGAACAGCGACUGCUUCGGCGGAUUCGGAGAGCGAGAACAUCCUCAGAACGACGGAAAAAGCCACAACUGUGAAGCGCGCGACGCCCGCCAGCCCGCCCCAGACGACGACGGGGAAGGGCAUGGAGCAGUCGGUGGCGCAGGUGAUCUCGUCACUCAGCCCGACCGGCAGCGCUCCCAUUUCCGUGGAGGCGCAGACGGAGGCCGGGGCCGAGCAGCAGAAGGAGGACGACGCCCCGGCGGAUGUGGCCCUCGUCACCAAUUUCCUCUACUCGACCCUGAACGACUGGAACAGAGAGAACCCCGCGACGAGGAACGACCUUCCCGCGGAGGAGGAGCAGCCAGCCGUCAAGGAUCUGAUCGAGCUGGACAUCAGCGCGGGCACGCCGACGCAGGUGAACACCGUCACUAACAGCCCCAUCAUCUUCAUUAAUGGCCUUCAGGGCAUCUCCAGCGUCGCAAGCGCGAGGCCGGAGACGACGCGCCCGGCGGUGGCGGAGACGGAAUUCUUCACGUUCCAGCCAACGCUUCGACCCGCGUCCACGACCGAGAGGACGACAGUUUCUGCGUCGCCUUCAUCUAGUUCAUCGACUUCAUCAACUGCAGCAUCAAGUUCAGGGUCAGCUCCAACAUCAACGACAGUAACGACGUCAGCAUCGACGACAGCAUCAACGUCAUCGUCGACUUUAGCACCGGCGUCAGCCUCGACAUCAGCACCAACAUCCACAACUUCAGCCUUGACGUCAGCGUCAACUUCAGCCUUGACGUCAGCGUCAACUUCAGCCUUGACAUCAGCGUCAACUUCAGCCUUGACAUCAGCGUCAACUUCAGCCUUGACGUCAGCGUCAACUUCAGCCUUGUCAUCAGCGUCAACUUCAGCCUUGACAUCAGCGUCAACUUCAGCCUUGACGUCAGCGUCAACUUCAGCCUUGACAUCAGCGUCAACUACAACCUCGACAUCAGCGUCAAUUUUAGCCUCGACAUUAGCGUCAACUUCAGCCUUGACGUCAGCACCAACAUCAGCCCUGACGUCUCCCUCGACCACCAGCACCCCCGUGAGACGGAGGCCGAGCUCGACGACCUCCCGGCCGGUCGUGUUCAUCAACAACCAGCCGGUGACCAUGGACGACCUGGUGGCGGGCUCCGGCUUCACGUCCAGCCCGGCGCUCGUGCAGAUCCAGGCGUCGUCGACCCGGCCGGCGAGCUCGAGCGUCCGCGUCCCCAUCCUGUCCCAGUGGAACACCCGCAUCUUCGCCACCACUCGCGCCGACCCCUCUACCACGACCACAACGACCACAACCACCACUCCGAAGCCGACAACCACUACAACGCCCACAACCACCACCACGCCUGCUCCAACAACCACCAAGAGGACAAGAGUUGCAACCACAACCACCACAACCACUACAACCACCACGACAACCUCCCCCACCACGACCACGACGACCGAGGCGCCUGGCAUCCUCAGCUCCAUCGCGACGGUGCUGGCCGAUGAGGACGGGCAGCUGCAGUCGGCGGUGAGCUUCGUGGGCUCCGUGGCCGUGUACGGGGCGGCGGCCCUCAUGCCCCUCUGGCUGCCCAUCGUCCUCGGCAAGAGGCGAAGGCGACGGGACCUCCAGCUCGAGGACGACCUCCAGGACAUCCUCGAGGCCGUGAGGAUGAUCCACAGCCCGCCCCCUGUCACCCGGAGCCUUGAUUUCGGUGACUCUGAAGAAGGCGAGACGACCCUGAGGCAGAGAGUCCUGGCGGCCGGCGCGGAGGCCGACGAGGAGGCGUUCAGUGUCUACGAGCAGUUUCCCUCUUUCAGGCACCUGGUCGAAUAUCUCAAGAAGGAGCUGAAGAACCGCGCGAAGCUCAGAGAGAAAUAGGCAAAGGAAGCGCAUCGUGAGAGUGAUUCUCCACUACAAAAAGCGUAUUCAUUAUUUAUGUUGAUUGCUUCUCUGUGGUAGAACAAGAGAGCACACAAUAGUGUUCAAUAUUUAUUAAUCUAUUUAUGUAAGUAUACCGUAGGAUAAAAUACUAAAUGUCGCUUCAUAUAUGAAGAUCUUAAUUUAUACAAUUAUCUAUUUCAGUACUCAGGUUAAGUCACGAACGUGUCUUUUCUUACAUAUAUUUUGAAAAAAAAAAAAAAAAAAACUUUAAAAGUUCCUGAGUGUGUGUAUAUAUAUAUAUAUAUAUAUAUAUAUAUAUAUAUAUAUAUAUAUAUAUUCGACAAGGGGCAACAGUGAGGAAUUGACAGACUGGUUUCUCUUAAUCAGUUUAGAUUUUUUAAGUUGAUGAAACCCGUUUUGCUUUUUAUAUAUCAAUUCCUUUGGAUUCAUCAACUCACGUGUAUAUUUGCCGCCAUGACCAACGCACCAUGAGCUCAGUUUCGAAAGAAUCGAAAUGAAGUGUUCCUGCCUUGUCGUUGUUGUUUGUUGUUUACUUGCUGCUUUCAAAUUUCCAUGACAACGUGAAUCAUAUCAAGUACGAAGUUGUUUUGUUUUUUUUAAUUCAGUAUGUUUCCCUGAAUGAACAGGCAACGUUGUGGGAAAGAGUGAACAAAAAUUGUGAAUGAACUGUUGUCAGGUGAAAUUUUACUUGCCUUAAAACGUGUGUUUCCUAUAAUUUUGUUGACUCUAUAUAGCAGGAUAUAAUGUUUGUCAAUAUUUUGUGAAUGCAUGAUUUAUUUGUUAUCUAUGGGUUCACCGAGUACUGCUGUUUUUAAUAAAAUGUGUUUUAUAA